UUUGAAAUGUGAACAGCUUUUAGUUGAUAUGCUGCUGUCUAGAGGUUAAUGGAAUGAUGUUUCAUUAAUGAUUGGACUGAGUUCCUGGACUGUUGCAUCUACAAUGAGUGUCAAUGAGAGAAGAGGAGAGGAGGGUGCUGUUCGGACAAAUAAAGAAGUAUCUCCAAAACCCUGUCUUGAGUCUAUGAAGAGCUUCGAGUCCAUUGGCUGCCCCCCUAAUAUUAGUGAUUCCGUCUCCAGCAAUGCCUUUAAAGAAGAAGGUACUGUUCAGACAUAUAAAGCAGCAUCUCUAAAACAUGGUCUUGAGUCUAUGAAGAGCUUCGAGUCCAUUGGCAGCCCCCCUAAUAUUAGUGAUUCCGUCUCCAGCAAUGCCUUUAAAGAAGAGGGUACUGUUCAGACAUAUAAAGCAGCAUCUCUAAAACAUGGUCUUUGGUCUAGGAAGAGAUUUGAGUCCAUUGGCAGCCCCCCUAAUAUUAGUGAUUCCGAUUCCAGCAAUUCCUUUAAGGAGGAUGCUGUUCAGAAACAUAAAGAAGUAUGUCUAGAACCCAGCGUGUCUAAGAGUAACACAUCUUUUGGAAGCCCCCGUAAUAUUAGCGAUGGAGCAGUGAUUUCUGACCCUGACAAGCAGAAUGUCAAAGCAACAGCCCUGCAGAGAGAUGGACUGCUGGAGGAGACUGAUGACAUGCAGCACAAUUCUCUCCAACCAGUGAAUGAUGUCUUGAAGAGAGUCAAAGGCCAACACAAAACCAGCAUGAAGAACAAGUAUGAGAGAUUAUUUGAAGGAAUAAAACUAGAAAAGUAUCAAACCCUUCUGAACAAGAUCUACACACAACUCUUCAUCGUAGAGGGAGAAAGUGAAGGAGUGAAUGAAGAACAUGAGGUUUUACAGAUGGAGAAAGUCAGAACACAAGAAACUUUAAUCUAUUGCAAUGACAUCUUUAAACCCUUAAAUCAACCAGGAUGUGAGGUGAAAGACAAAAUCAAGACUGUUCUUACUAAAGGCAUUGCUGGAAUUGGAAAAACCGUCUCUGUGCAGAAGUUCAUUCUGGACUGGACAGAGGGAAAAGCCAAUCAGGAUGUAGAUUUCAUGUUUGUGCUUCCAUUUCGAGAGCUGAACUUGAUUAAAGAUCAUCAGUACAGUCUUCACAGACUUCUGCUGGACUUUCAUCCUGAACUUCAAGAUCUGGACUCAAAGAUUUAUGAGGAGUGUAAAGUUGUGUUCAUCUUUGAUGGUUUGGAUGAAAGCAAAUUUGCACUGAUGUUUUCAGAUGAUGAGAAAGUUUGUGAUGUGACUGAGUCUUCAUCAGUGGGUGUGUUGAUGUCAAACCUCAUCAGAGGAGAGCUGCUUCCCUCUGCUCUCAUCUGGAUCACAUCCAGACCAGCAGCAGCCAAUCAGAUCCCCUCAAAAUACAUCCACCGUGUGACAGAAAUUCAGGGAUUCACUGAGCCUCAGAAGGAGGAAUAUUUUAGGAAGAGAAUCAGUGAUGAGCAUCAAGCCAACAGAAUCAUCUCACACAUUAGAAGAUCAAGAAGCCUCCACAUCAUGUGUCACAUCCCCGUCUUCUGCUGCAUCUCAGCCACUGUGCUUCAAAACCUUCUGGAACAAGAUGACAGUGCAGAAAUCCCUCAAACUCUGACUGACAUGUACAUCCACUUCCUUCUGACUCAGAUCAACAUGAGGAACAAGAAGUAUGAUGAGAACGAUCUAGAGAAACUCCUGAAGUCCAGCAGAGAUGUGAUUGUGAAACUUGCUGAACUAGCUUUCAAACAGCUGAUGAAGGGCAAUGUGAUGUUCUAUGAGGAGGACCUGAUUGAAAGCGGGAUAGAUGUCACUGCUGCCUCAGUGCAUUCUGGGAUUUGCACUGAGAUCUUUAAGGAGGAAUCUGUGAUUCAUCAGAGGAAAGUCUACAGCUUCAUUCAUCUGAGCUUUCAAGAGUUUCUAGCUGCUUUCUUUGUGUUUUACUGCCAUGUUGUUGAGAACAUGAAUGUACUUAAGUUCUUUAUGGAAACGUGGUACAGGUUCAAUGAACUCUCUCUGUAUGAGCUGCUACAAGCAGCAGUUAAUAAAUCAUUGCAGAGUAAAAAUGGACACCUGGAUCUUUUCCUGAGGUUCCUGCUGGGCAUGUCACUGGAGUCCAAUCAGAGACUCUUAAAGGAUCUAUUGACACACACAGUGAACAGCUCAGAGGCAAUCAACAGAAUCACACAGUACAUUAAAGACUCUAUCAAGGGUGACCAACUUUUCUUAGCUGACAGAUGCAUCAAUCUGUUCCAUUGUCUGCUUGAAAUGAAGGAUCAGACUCUGUACAGAGAGAUUCAAGAGUUUGUGAAAUCAGAGAAUCAAUCAGUGAGGAAACUCUCUCCAUCUCACUGCUCAACAAUCGCCUACAUGCUUCAGAUAUCAGAGGAGGUUCUGAAUGAGUUUGAUCCGAGGAAAUACAACACAUCAGAUGAGGGUAGGAGGAGACUGAUACCAGCUGUGGUGAACUGCAGAAAAGCUCUACUUCCAUACUGUAAUCUCACUGAUCAGUGCUGUGAAAGUUUGUCUUCAUGUCUGCAAUCAUCAAACUCACUGAGAGAGCUGGACCUGAGUAACAAUGACCUGCAGGAUUCAGGAGUGAAGCUUCUCUCUGAUGGACUGAAGAGUUCACACUGUAAUCUCAACAUACUGAGGUUGAAAUGUUGCAGUCUUACUGGUCAGUGCUGUGGAAGUUUGUCUUCAUCUCUACAAUCAUCAAAUUCACUGAGAGAGCUUGACUUGAGUAACAAUGACCUGCAAGAUUCAGGAAUGAAGCUGCUCUCUGAUGGACUGAAGAGAUCACACUGUCAACUCAACAUACUGAGAUUAUCUGGCUGUAUGGUGACAGAGGAAGGCUGUUGUUUUCUGGCUUCAGCUCUGAGUUCAAACCCCUCACACCUGAGAGAGCUGGAUCUGAGCUACAAUCACCCAGGACAAUCAUUAGUCAAGCUGCUCUCUGAUCCAAACUACAGCCUGGACACACUCAAUGUGGAUCAUGGAGGAGAGAAAAAGAUUAAACCAGGACUACAGAAAUAUGCAUGUGAUCUCACUGUGGAUCCAAACACAGCAAACACUUUUCUCACUCUGUCUGAGAGGAACAGAAAGAUGACACAUGUGAGAGAGAAGCAGCCGUAUCCUGAUCAUCCAGACAGAUUUGAUGAGUGUGUUCAGGUUCUGUGUAGAGAGAGUCUGUCUGGACGCUGUUACUGGGAGGUUAAAUGGAGCAGUGGUCAUAUUUUUAUAUCAGUGGCAUAUAAAAGAAUGGAGAGGAAAGGAACGGGUGACUGUUGGUUUGGACACAAUGAAAUAUCCUGGUGUCUGUACUGUGUAAUGAACCGAUUCAUUGUCAAACACAAUAGUGAGAGCAAAUUGUUAUCUCUCAGUUUAAAAUGCUCUAACAGAGUAGGAGUGUAUCUGGACUGGUCGGCCGGCACACUGUCCUUCUACAGCGUCUCUGACACACACACUCUCACACACUUACACACAUUUAACACCACAUUCACUGAACCCUUAUAUGCUGGAUUUGGGGUUUAUUAUGAUAGUUCAGUUUCUUUGUGUGAGAUCAGUCAACCUCAGUCACAACUGAGACACAGUUGAGUAAAAAAUCUCUCGCCUCAACUCACACAGCUGUAAACUCUUUCUCUUUUCGAAUCGUAAUUCAAGUGUGUGUAUAGAAACUUCUAUCUAAAUGAGACACAUUACAAACUUAUAUUUUUUGUUCUAAAACUGAUGAAUUUUGAUUUGACAUUUGAGUCUCUGAGUGUCACCUGUUGGAAGAUUUAGUUUCUCGCUCACAAGAAGCAGUAAGCUCAUGCUCUAUUGAAACUCAAUACAAUACUGAAAAGUACUUUCAAAGCAAUUUCAAAGAGAUGUGUGUCCUACAAAUAUAGGCCUUAUUGUAUAGACUUUAUAUGUGUCCCUGGAGCACAAAACCAGUCUUAAUUUGAUGGGGUAUAUUUCUAGUGAUAGCCAACAAUACACUUUAUCGGACAAAAUUAUAGGUUUUUCUUUUAUGUCAAAGGGACCCUCAUAUUCCAGAUUUUCAAAUGGUUGUAUUACAACUAUCACAAACCAUACAUCAAUGGAAAGCUGUAUAAAUCUAAUUUUUUUGAAAAAUUACCCAUAUGACUGGUUUUGCGGUCCAGGGUCACAUCUUUGAAUGUGUGUACAUUGUGAUUGAUAUAACUUCCAUUAUUCUUAAUCAUUUGUGUUCCAGAUGUGGGGGAUUUUAACAUAUGCAACAGAAAAUAUAAAGUGAAUAUUAUCACAUACUGUAAUUAUAUGUCAGGUCGCAGGUUUGACCUGUCACUCCUCCUGCACUUGUUCAGCUGAUUCUCAUUCUUUCAUUUAGUUUUUUCCUAUUUUUGCUGCAAGUUUAUUUUUUUUAUUGCUAGUGUGUUUUGUGGCUUUGACUGUUUUUUGUUUUGUUUUUUCAGUUUUCCUGGUCAGUUGUUAUGUUUUGUUUUUUUCUACUUGCUCAGUUAUUACUCCUUCUGAUGAUUGAUUUUGUGCUGACUCGUUCCUGUGUGAGAGCAUCUUUAUCCUGUGUGGAGAGACUGCCUGGAAUCUUAUCUUGGCCUGUUCUGGAGGACUGUCCUUCAUGAGAAUCGGCUUCUGACCUGGAUUUCAACAUCUAGCUGUUCCUGUCUGUUCAAGCUUCUGUGAUGUGGUCACCUGUCUGGACCUUGAUUUCUGCUGGGAUUCUGAUCUUCUGAUAAUACUGAAUAAAUCAGUUCGAGUCACAUUUCUGCUUUUGAGUCCUUUAUCCCAGAGAACGCUGACAUCAUACUUUUCCAAGGCACACUAGUCAUGACGAACUAUUGUAUGAAUGAAUGAAUACAUUUCUGGCUUAUAAUUGGAGGGUGAAUUAAAUUGAAUGAUU